ACUCUAAACGUGCGACGUCGUAGGGAUGGCGUGGACUCGUAUCGCCGUGGCCGUGGCCGUCGUCGGAAUGGUCCUGGCCUGCUGCAGCGCCCAGCUGCCGGGUUCCUUGACGACGGAUGGGACCAGCAUGACGGCCAUCUCGACGACGGCCACCUCACCGUCAGCCACCUCCACGACAGCCACCUUGGCGCAGGGCGCCUUGACGAUGGCCACCUCACCGUCGGCCACCUCACCGUCGGCCACCUCACCGUCGGACACCUCACCGACGGCCACCUCGAUGACGGCCACCUCGGCAAAGGGCACCUUGACGACGGCCACCUCACCGUCGGCCACCUCACCGUCGGACACCUCACCGACGGCCACCUCGAUGACGGCCACCUCGGCAAAGGGCACCUUGACGACGGCCACCUCACCGUCGGCCACCUCACCGACAGCCACCUCACCGACAGCCACCUCGACGACGGUCACGCCACCGUCGACCACCUCGACGACGGCCACCUCACCAACAUCAAGACAGGUUGUUGACAUUGUCACCUGCACGGUGACCUUUACUACUUCACUUUUGCCAGUGCUCUCGUCGUCCGUGAUGCUCCCGGACGCGUUGCUGGCCGCCAACAUGUACUCGCUGGGCGACUUCGACGGCUGCCUGUCGGUGCCCGAGGCAGUGUACUGCCUGCUGGACGUGGAGGUCCGCCCGGCCAGGCAGUCCGGGGCGCCCCCUCUGCUGACGCACCCUGGCGACGAAGUGAGCCCCUUCGAGCCGCCGCACGGCCACAACGCCACCCUCUGGGACCUGCUGCUGGUACGCUGUACGCGCCGUGAAGUGCACGUGUUUUGA